ACUUGGGGAGGGGGGGAAGUGAAACAGUCAAUGUCAAAAUAUUCCUGGAUCAGCUGUUAGUUGUCGAUCCGCCCCAUCAUCCACUGAGAACAACAGCCAUCGUUAACAGAAAGCAGAGUCUUAUGAAGAUUUGAAGUCAAAGUUUCUGCAGCAGCUUCUCGUCGGUUUCAGGCAGCAUGAUGAACUCCCUCCCAGGAAGAGCCGCUCUGUCCCUGUGUAGACGUACGGCGGCGGCGGCGGGCGGGAUGGGGGUCUUCGGCGGUUCCCCGGGUCAUCAUGCCGGGGGGAUACCAGCUGACUGCCUCCAGACUGUGCGGGUCUGUCACUCCGGGACGGGCCACAAGCCCAGCAUCAGCACCAAGAAGAGGGGCUACGACAUCACCAGAAACCCACACCUCAACAAGGGAAUGGCUUUCACCCUGGAGGAGCGCCUACAACUGGGCAUCCACGGCCUGCUGCCCCCCUGCUUCCUCUCGCAGGACGUGCAAGUGCUGCGAGUCAUGAAGAGCUACGAAACUCGCAGCAACCCUCUGGACAAGUACAUCCUGCUGAUGACGCUGCAGGACAGAAACGAGAAGCUGUUCUACCGUUUGCUCACCUCGGACAUCGAGGAGUUCAUGCCCAUAGUGUACACUCCCACCGUCGGCCUGGCCUGCCAACAGUACGGACUCGCCUUCAGGAGACCCCGAGGACUCUUCAUCACCAUCCAUGACAGAGGCCACAUCGCCACAGUGCUCAACUCCUGGCCUGAAGAAGACAUAAAGGCCAUUGUGGUGACAGACGGGGAGCGUAUCCUCGGCCUGGGCGACCUGGGGGGUUAUGGGAUGGGGAUCCCUGUGGGGAAGCUGGCUCUGUACACGGCCUGUGGCGGUGUUCGGCCGCAGCAGUGUCUGCCUGUGCUGCUGGACGUCGGCACAGACAACCAGGCGCUGCUCGACGACCCGCUGUACAUCGGCCUGAAACACAAGAGAAUCAGAGGGAAAGAAUACGACGAGCUGGUCGACGAGUUCAUGCAGGCGGUGACAGAGAAGUACGGGAUGAACUGUUUGAUACAGUUUGAGGAUUUUGCCAACAGCAACGCGUUCCGCAUCCUGAACAAAUACAGGAAUCGAUACUGUAGCUUUAAUGACGACAUCCAAGGCACGGCCUCAGUUGCUGUUGCUGGAGUGUUGGCUGCGCUGAAGUUAACCAAGAACAAACUGUUAGAGCACACUUUUGUUUUCCAAGGGGCAGGCGAGGCUGCUCUGGGAAUCGCUCACCUGCUCAUCAUGGCCAUGGCCAAAGAGGGAGUGCCAAAAGAAGAAGCCGCCAAGAGAAUCUGGAUGGUGGACUCAAAAGGUCUCAUUGUGAAGGGAAGGGGCCAUAUAAACCAUGAAAAGGAGGAGUUCGCCCACGAUCACCCACACCUGAAGACCCUGGACGAGGUGGUGCACACCAUCAAACCCACCGCCAUCAUAGGGGUGGCUGCAGUCGCGGGAGCGUUUACUGAGAAGAUUAUCAAAGCCAUGGCGUCCUUCAACGAGAGGCCCAUCAUCUUCGCUCUGAGCAAUCCAACCAGCAAGGCCGAGUGCACGGCGGAGCAGUGCUACCAGCUCACAGAGGGCCGGGGCAUCUUUGCCAGUGGAAGUCCGUUUGAUAAGGUCACGCUGUCCGAUGGACGCACCUUCUACCCCGGCCAGGGCAACAACGCCUACGUCUUCCCCGGCGUGGCUUUGGGCGUCAUCGCCUGCGGAGUGCGUCACAUAUCUGACGAUGUGUUCCUCACCACAGCAGAGGCGAUAGCUGACAUGGUAACAGAGGAGAACCUGGCCGAGGGAAGACUGUAUCCUCCUCUGAGCACGAUCAGAGAGGUGUCCUUUAAGAUCGCGGUAAAGAUCGUCAACUAUGCGUACAAACACAACAUCGCAUCGUUGUACCCCGAGCCCAAAGACAAGGAGGCGUUCGUGCUGUCUCACAUCUACAGUCCUGAUUACGACUCGUUCACACUGGACUCGUACAGCUGGCCUCAGGACGCCAUGACUGUCCAGGACGUGUGAUCUGAAAACGCCUCUGCUGCUUCUACAAGUCAACACGCUAACUUUACUUCUUGUAGGAUUUCUGCAUCACUUCCUUUCAGGAACUUGCAAACAAAUCUCUGCCUUUUAGCUUCUUUUCUUUUUCUUUGUCUCUUUAUGAAUGUUAGAAAGUUUCUGCUCCCGUGUCAGAUGGACGGUUAUGAAAUAAUUAAGACGUCACUUUCUAUGUGAUUCUCUGUAGUGUUUAUUUUAUUCUCUCAUGGCUGUAUCAGUUUUCUCAAGUGUAUGUUUCAACAUUUCUCUGCACCUGAUUUAAAGUUGAACUGAAGCAUAUCAGAUAUCAAUAGAAGGACUUUCAUAACUCUGCAACUUAAAACUACUCUCCCAUUAGAUUAGAAAGCUCAGAUGUUUCAGUAUUCGGCACUCGCAGUGACUAAAAUACCUUUUUUUUGAGAGAGAGCUUUUUGAGAAUCAGUGCUGGACUAUGAAAACACAAAGCAGUCGCUCUCAGAAACGCACAAAUCUGUCUCUGGGCUUCACAGAAACUAAAAGAGGAUUUAUUAUAAAGCAGUGAGAAGCAAAGAGUUCAUAGAAGUCACAGCUGGCUCGUCCACAUCGUAGCAGCUUCUUCAUAUUUUACACUCCCGUCAGUCUGCACACAGGACAGAAAACACUCCAGGAUCAGUCAUAUUUCCGUUUCUCUCAAACGGGAGGCGGUUCUCUCUCGUUGAAUGUGUUUUAAGAGUUUGGUUUGUUGGGGAUUUAACGCCACCAUCUGGAGGUUUUUUUUGUAUACAAAGGGUGUGUCUCUUUAGUUUUGUACAGAGCUCUGCCUGUUGUUGUAUUUUUGCCAACGUUACUGAUGAAUUGUCUCCUGAUCUUUGACUCCUAGAGAACAUGACGCUCUGCCAGCUUUAGCACUGAGACAUAUGCUUGAAGUUUUCAAAGGGAAUAUAAAA